AUGAAGCUAUUGGCCGCGAUGUUGCUGGUGGCCCUGGUGGCCACCGUAUCGGUGGCGAAGAACGUGCCCAAGGGAUCGAGGAUGCUCGAGGUGAUGAGUCGGAUGCUUCGUGGAGUCAGCGGCCAGCCCCCGAAGGCGCCGGAAGGCUACGUGCCCGAUCCACGCACCGUCGAGGGCCGGUUCAAUGCCCGGGUCAACCACUUCGAUCCGCAGAACCGGGACAUGUUCGAGUUCAACUACUUGCACAACGACCAGUAUUACCGCCAGGGUGGCCCACUGUUCGUGGUGGUCGGUGGCCACCACCGCAUCGAUCCGUACUUCAUGGAAAACAGCCACUUCCGGGAUGUGGCCGCAUUGAACGGAGCGUUCCUGGCGACCAACGAGCACCGCUACUUCGGACGUAGCUCCCCGACUGAGGACUAUUCGUCGGAGAAUCUGCGGUUCCUGCGCACCGAGCAGGCCCUGUUCGAUCUGAUCGAGUGGAUCGACUUCCUGAAGCGCGAAGUGAUGGGUGACCCGAACGCCCGCGUGAUCCUGCACGGGGUCGGCUACGGUGGGGCGCUGGCCACCUGGGCCCGGCAGCGCUUCCCGAACAUCGUCGACGGUGCGUGGGGCUCCAGCGCUCUCGUGCGCGCCACCGUCGAUUUCAGCGAGUUUACCGAGGACUUUGGCAACACGAUCCGCAUCAAGGGCAGCGACGAGUGCUACAACCGCAUCUUCAUCGCGUUCCACACGGCCGAGAAUCUGCUCGAGGCCGGCCAGACCGCAGUGGUGUCGGACAUGUUCAACGUGUGCGAGCCGAUCGAUGUCACCAACGAUCUGCAGGUCGAACUGUUCCUGCACCUGAUGACGCUGUCGCUCGAGCUGUCCAUGUUCGAGGGCUUCGACAUCGAGAACAUCCGCACGGUGUGUGACCAGCUGACCGAUCCGACCUUCGACAGGUCCAUGGAGGCGUUGGCCGAGUACCUGAAGAACCGAUACGCCGAGGUCAGCGACUGUUUCGACCUGUCGUUCGAGAACUUCAUCUCGAUCCUGGGCGACGAAUCGAUCGAGGCUCCCCAGAACCUGGAGUACGGACUGCGUCAGCUCAACUACCACAUCUGCACCGAGUUUGGCUUCUUCCAGUCGGCGCAAUCGCGCGACCAACCGUUCGGCUCCAAGGUCACCUACGACCUGUUUCUGGCCGAGUGUGCGGCCGUGUUCGGUGAGUGGCUGACCCCGGACGUGCUCUACGAUGGGGUGCGGCUGACCAACUUCCACUUCGGCGCGACCGAUCCGCGCACCACGAACGUGCUCUUUACGAACGGUGGCAUCGAUCCGUUCCGCUUCGUCUCGAUCACCUCCUACACGAACCUGCUCGCUAACGCCCGGGUCACGCCCGCCGCCUUCUUCAGCGAGGACAUUCGCUCGAUCUCCGGCUUCGACUCGGAGGAGCUGCUCGAGACGAAGCACAUGGCCGAGGAGUACAUCGUCACCUGGCUCGGUUCGCAAAUCAACCCGUUCCGGAAGUGA